UUCUCCCUCCUCUUCUCUGGUAGGUCCACAAUGGUUGUACAGCCAGCAUCUUGCAACACAAUGGUUGCAAUACGGUGAACGGGGAGUGAUUCAGCAUUGCAAUCUCGAUUUCUAGGGUAUUCUUCAUCCAUCGCUGGGUUUUUCUUUCUUUCUAGUUAUCUCCAUCUUCACGUGUAUUAUUCUGUGCGUGUAAAAGUCGUUAAAUGUCUCCCGUCGGAAUGUUUUGAACAGAACUGUCACCGGACUAGGAUCGUCGUCAGCUGGCACGGAAUGGUAUUUAUGAGGAGUGAUUUCUUCUAUUACUGCAGUGAACCUGUCCUGGAUGUGAAAAUAGCCUUUUGUCAGGUGUGUGUUCCUUACAGGUAAACUAAGGGUUUUGGUAAACAAGUGGAUGUGUCAUAUAUCGUCAAACACUACAACAUGUCUAAAAGCAAAGUGGACAACCAGUUCUACAGCGUGGAAGUAGGAGAUUCCACCUUCACAGUUCUCAAACGCUACCAGAAUCUAAAACCCAUCGGUUCUGGAGCUCAGGGAAUCGUUUGUGCCGGGUCCGAUUCGGUCCUCGACAGGAACGUGGCCAUCAAGAAGCUCAGCAGACCCUUUCAGAACCAGACCCAUGCCAAGAGGGCAUACAGGGAACUGGUGCUCAUGAAAUGUGUCAAUCACAAAAACAUCAUCAGUUUAUUAAAUGUUUUCACACCACAGAAAUCAUUAGAAGACUUCCAGGAUGUGUACCUGUGCAUGGAGCUGAUGGAUGCCAACCUGUGCCAAGUGAUCCAGAUGGAGCUGGACCAUGAGAGAAUGUCUUACCUGCUCUACCAGAUGCUGUGUGGAAUCAAACACCUGCACUCCGCUGGCAUCAUUCACAGGGACCUGAAACCUAGCAAUAUAGUGGUGAAAUCUGAUUGUACUCUGAAGAUCCUGGACUUUGGCUUGGCUAGGACUGCAGGCACCAGUUUCAUGAUGACCCCGUAUGUGGUGACGCGGUACUACAGAGCCCCAGAGGUCAUCCUGGGCAUGGGGUACAAAGAGAACGUGGAUAUAUGGUCGGUGGGGUGCAUUAUGGGAGAAAUGGUGCGUCACAAAAUUCUGUUCCCUGGCCGGGACUAUAUUGACCAAUGGAAUAAGGUGAUUGAGCAGCUGGGCACGCCUGCGCCAGAGUUUAUGAAGAAACUGCAGCCCACCGUCCGUAACUAUGUAGAGAACAGGCCCAAAUACACAGGCCUCACCUUCCCCAAGCUCUUCCCUGACUGCCUCUUCCCUGCAGACUCAGAGCACAACAAACUCAAAGCCAGCCAGGCCAGAGACCUGUUGUGUAAGAUGUUGAUUAUUGAUCCAGCCAAGCGGAUACAAGUGGACGAAGCUUUACAGCACCCCUACAUCAAUGUUUGGUACGACCCAGCCGAGGUGGAGGCGGCCAGGGAUCUCGUCCAAAUAUCAAUGCCGCCUCCUGCUAUCUACGACAAGCAGCUGGAUGAGAGAGAACACUCCAUCGAUGAAUGGAAAGAACUAAUCUACAAAGAGGUGAUGAACUUUGAGGAGAGGACGAGGAACGGGGUGGUGAAGGGACAACCCUCUACCUCAGGUACUCUCAGUGCAUAACCUAGUCCCCUCUGUGCAGCCGUGAACAGCAGUGGUGAGAGUCUCCCUUCCCCCUCCGUCAACGACAUCUCCUCCAUGUCCACCGACCAGACCCUGGCCUCAGACACCGACAGCAGCCUGGAGACCUCUGCAGGACCCCUGGGUUGUUGCAGGUGACUAGCAGCCUGCCUGCGCAACCCCAUGUUCUUCAGAAGGUGAAACACAAUGUCCAAAACAACCCAACCAACCUACCUACCUACCAACCACUACCAACCGAAACCUGAAAAAGAACAAAAAUUAUUAAAAGAGAAAAAAAUUAUGAUAUGAAUGGGAUGAUUAAGGAAACAUAAAGUAAUUAGUAUAAGAAUUAUGAUUCUAAAAUUUAAGCCUGCAUUUUCAUUCAAAAAUAAAUCACAAAAGUAUAAUGAAAAAAACUAAAAUAAACUAAAGUGAAAUAUAUUUAUUAACUUCUAGUUGCUUUACUUAUAUCUCCCCCUUAUAUGGCAUCAUAAAAAAUCCAAAAAGCUUAGACAGGCAUCUUUCUGUAAAGUGUCAUUAAAACUGGCUGUUCAUUCCCCCAAUACCUUGCAAGCGUCUGUGCUUCAGUCAAUGUGGCAAGGUGUUCUUCUUUUUGGUCAUUACUGCACAGUACUAUAUAAACCUCCAUUCACUUCCCCCACACCUGAUGUGAUGGUACUGGUAUGUUUUGAUAACCUCUAGGCUUGAACCUGGGGUUGUCUCCUGUAUGGGUGUGACAGAUAGGUGUGUUUGAAUACUGUUAUUCCUGCAGGGGUUAGUGCUAGUGUUCCACACAGCACAGCGCCCCCUGUCUUCUGUAAAUAUGUAAUUCUGUUCAGCAGCGAGCUAGGCACACAGACGGACAGACAGACAGAGUGGGACUGAUGGCCAGUACUGGAAGUUCGUCUAUAGCGCACCUUGCCACAUGACAUCACCGCCUUGACCUUUGUCCCCUUAACCUUUGCCCCUUGACCUUUCACCUUAGUUUAACCCCUUGCCUGUUAGACCUGCUGCAUGAUUACAAAAGCUAACUAAUUAUAUGAUUAAAUGACUAUAGAUACUUUUGUUUAUAUAACAUAAGUAAUUGAACUUUUCAACCGGAGUGGUGCUGAAACCCAGGGAUAGGGGAGCUCUAGUUAAUGAUGGAUAGCUAAAUAUAUAUAUUAACAUACAUACUGUAGUGAUUGGCUGCAGGAGAAGUCAUUGGGGCGUACAGUACUAUCACUGUCAUCGCUGAGUAGGAUUGGGGUCAAUUCCAUUUAAAUUCAGUCAAUUCAGAAUGUCAACUGAAAUUCCAAUUCUAAUUCCAUAUUUUCAUCAUUGAAACACAUUCAGGAAGAUUGGAAUUUGGAACUGAAUUUUUCAAUUGACUUCCUGAAUUGACAAUGGGACUGACCCCAAACUUGUCGCUGAGCUGGAACCUUAAGUUCUCAUUUCUUUUUUGUGUUUUUUUGUUGAAAUGAAAUGAUAAAAUCCCUUCUGACUGCACGCCUGCACCACGCCUACGGGCUGUGGACCGGCCCACCCACCCACAGCCAGUCAUUCCCAAUGUCACCUACCCACCAACCAGGGUGGUCACUCACUCUGUUUCUGUGUCACUACUGUGGAGUAAAGAAGAGGAGAGAAGGAGACCUAUAUGUGUGUGUUACUAUCUGAAGAACGCUUUGGGGGGGGGGGGGGGAUCAAGAGGUUACCUCAUAGAAUAGUUUAGUUCCUCAAUCACAUCUGUGACUACUACUUACUGUAAUGACUACUACUUACUGUAAUGACUACUACUUACUUAUUGUAAUGACUACUACUUACUUACUGUAAUGACUACUACUUACUGUAAUGACUACUACUUACUUACUGUAAUGACUACUACUUACUUACUGUAAUGACUACUACUUACUUACUGUAAUGACUACUACUUACUGUAAUGACUACUACUUACUUUCUGUAAUGACUACUACUUACUGUAAUGACUACUACUUACUUACUGUAAUGACUACUACUUACUGUAAUGACCACAACUUACUGUAAUGACUACUACUUACUGUAAUGCCUACCCAUUACUGUAAUGAAUACUACUUACUGUAAUGACUACUACUUACUUACUGUAAUGACUACUACUUACUGUAAUGACUACUUACUUACUGUAAUGACUACUACUUACUUUCUGUAAUGCCCACUACUUACUGUAAUGGCUACUACUUACUUACUGUAAUGCCUACUACUUACUGUAAUGACUACUACUUACUGUAAUGACUACUACUUACUGUAAUGACUACUUACUUACUGUAAUGACUACUACUUACUUUCUGUAAUGCCCACUACUUACUGUAAUGGCUACUACUUACUUACUGUAAUGACUACUACUUACUGUAAUGACUACUACUUACUGUAAUGCCAUAUUUUGUCAAAAGGGAAUCAGCUGAUAUACCGACUACCUAUAAAACCAGUAAUGUUAAAAAUAAGGAUUUUAACUGAAUGUUUAUUUAUUAUUGAUUAUUGAUUAUUUCAUAGACUGAACCUGAAUAAUGGGAAGUGCCUUGUUUGGAAUGAUGCCGUUUCCUCAUCUUAGAUAUGCAGUAAUAACAACAACGCAGCAAAACCAUUGAAAUGAAGUUGGUGUCUGGUAGGGUUGAAACAUUUCUGGUAACUUUCCCAGAAGUCCCAGGUUUUCCAGAAAAUCCUGGUUGUAGGAUUCCCAGUUGGAUGAUUCCCUCCCUUUUCAUUCCCUCCUGAACCCAGGAAUCCUCUAUCUUAUAAUCCGUCAACUUUAUGAAAAGCUGUGAAGUUUGGGAAAGUUUACCAGAGAUGUUGAAACCUUAGUGUCUGGCCUGUCCUGUUCAAUCUGUUUCCGCAUGGUGCCACUGUCUGCACCUACCUGCACAUAGUCACCACUACUGACUGAUACCCAUGUCCUCUCUAUAGGAAGUACACUACAACCAUCACCAUGGAAUCGUUGCAUCUUUGACUAACUUAAUCAUGUAGAAAUUGGAACCUACUUUUUAAACACACUGGGACUGUUGUUAAAAUGCAGAUAAAGACUCAUCAUCUACAUGUUUUUCUGACCUAUAUAGUUACCUAGCAACUGAGCAGAAUACCUUCUAAGUUCUUCUGACCUAUAUAGUUACCUAGCAACUGAGCAGAAUACCUUCUAAGUUCUUCUGACCUAUAUAGUUACCUAGCAACUGAGCAGAAUACCUUCUAAGUUCUUCUGACCUAUAUAGUUACCUAGCAACUGAGCAGAAUACCUUCUAAGUUCUUCUGACCUAUAUAGUUACCUAGCAACUGAGCAGAAUACCUUCUAAGUUCUUCUGACCUAUAUAGUUACCUAGCAACUGAGCAGAAUACCUUCUAAGUUCUUCUGACCUAUAUAGUUACCUAGCAACUGAGCAGAAUACCUUCUAAGUUCUUCUGACCUAUAUAGUUACCUAGCAACUGAGCAGAAUACCUUCUAAGUUCUUCUGACCUAUAUAGUUACCUAGCAACUGAGCAGAAUACCUUCUAAGUUCUUCUGACCUAUAUAGUUACCUAGCAACUGAGCAGAAUACCUUCUAAGUUCUUCUGACCUAUAUAGUUACCUAGCAACUGAGCAGAAUACCUUCUAAGUUCUUCUGACCUAUAUAGUUACCUAGCAACUGAGCAGAAUACCUUCUAAGUUCUUCUGACCUAUAUAGUUACCUAGCAACUGAGCAGAAUACCUUCUAAGUUCUUCUGACCUAUAUAGUUACCUAGCAACUGAGCAGAAUACCUUCUAAGUUGUUUUGUUUUGUAUCUGUAAAUGUCUUAUUUGAUCAGUGUCCUUACAUUUCAAUAAAGGGAUGAAAUAAGAGUU